AUGAUUUCUGAGUACUGGUUGUAUACUGUAGAUUUCCACCAUCUUGACAUAAGCAAUGCAUACAAACACCCUUACCCUUCAGAAGAACAGAAAAAGCAGUUGGCACAAGACACAGGGCUGACAAUACUUCAAGUGAACAAUUGGUUUAUUAAUGCUAGAAGAAGGAUAGUUCAGCCCAUGAUAGACCAGUCCAACCGAGCAGUAAGCCAAGGAACACCUUAUAAUCCAGAUGGACAACCAAUGGGAGGUUUUGUGAUGGAUGGUCAACAGCACAUGGGAAUCAGAGCACCAGGACUGCAAAGUAUGCCAGGGGAUUAUGUGUCUCGGGGUGGUCCAAUGGGCAUGACAAUGGGACAGCCAAGUUAUACACCACCCCAGAUGCCCCCCCAUCCAGCACAGUUGCGUCAUGGCCCCCCCAUGCAUCCCUACCUUCCGGGACACCCCCACCACCCAGCAAUGAUGAUGCAUGGUGGACCACCCCACCCUGGAAUGCCGAUGUCAGCGACUAGCCCCACCAUGCUCAAUACAGGAGAUCCAGCAAUGAGUGGACAAGUGAUGGACAUUCAUGCUCAGUAGCUUAAGGGAAUAUACUUUAUUUUCAUGAAUGGCAGAUUUGAAAUAUUGUCGUUCUACAAUGACUUAAUGGAGUUCCAUUCUUGGCAUCUAAUUUGGACCAAGGAACAAUCCGAUUGUCUUUAUAGGGACCCUGAAAAGCAGGAAAAACACACCAAGUGAAGUCAACUUCUGGGGACAAGAAAAAUAACUAUAUAAGGCAACAGAGUUGAAUAUUGUAAAAUGCUAUUAUUCUGUUAUCCAUAUUAUGUUCUUUCUUAUAGAUUUUUUAAGAAAAAAAAUGUGAAUUUUUUUCCACACUAUGUGUGUUGUUUCCAUAACUCUUCACUUCCUGCAGAAGCCUCCUUACAUUUUUUUAAAAAAAGCCUUACAGUUAUCCUGCAAAUGACAAAAAAGAUUUAUUUGCAGGAUUUUUAGAGCAUUAAAAUAUCUAUGUCAGGCAGAAGAACAUUUCUUCUAUCCUAGGAUUUCAGCCAUGCACUCUGUAUUUCUGUUUUCUCUCUCUCUCUCUCUCUCUCUCUCUCUUUAUUUCUCUCUCUCCCCCUUUCUUCCCCUCCCCUCCCUGCCUGGGGCGUGAAUUUGCAUGUCUAAUUCAUUUACUCACCAUAUUUGAAUUGGCCUGAACAGAUGUAAAUCGGGAAGGAUGGGAAAAACUGCAGUCCUCAACAAUGAUUAAUCAGCUGUUGCAGGCAAUGUCUUAAGGAGACUGGUAGGAGGAGGCAUGGAAACCAAGAGAAAAGUGUAUUUGACCUUAAUUGUCACAUCAGAGCAUCAUUAUCCCCAUGAAGCAGCAGCAGCAGCAGCUACCACCUACAUCACUUCCUGUUUUAUGCCUCUCAAACCAUGAACUGAAGAGUUAUUUUUACUAUGUUGACUUUAUUUUUUCGGCAAAGCAUCAGUCAUGCAUUUUUCCAUAGUCCCAUCAUGGAGCAUAUAUGUAUACAUUGUAAAUAAAUUUUGUGCAAAAAGGACUGGAAAAAUGAACUGUAUUAUUGCUUUUUUUCUUUUCUUUCUUUCUCUUUUUCUUUCUUUCUUUCUUUCUUUCUUUCUUUCUUUCUUUCUUUCUUUCUUUCUCUUUCUCUUGCUUUUUCUUUAAUUUCUUUCUUCUUUCUUUCCUUUCUUUCUUUUUGUAAAAGUAGCAGUUUGGUAUGAGUUGGCAUGCAUACAGAUUUACUAAGUGGGAUAAGCUAAUUAUACUUUUGUUGUGGUUAAACAAAUGCUUGUUGAUAGCCUUUUUCUAUCAAGAAACCAAGGAGCUAAUUAUUAUUAAUAAUCAUUGCACAUUAAGUCUUAGAGUUUCUGACUGAAACUGUUUGGAUUGUACAAUAACUCAAAGCCCAGCUGUAGUAGUUCAAGUGCAGUAAUGAAACUGAAUCUAAAAUAAAAGCAAAUUAUUUUUGUCACGCUGGCUCAACUGCUUGAAAAUUUUAUUUUUCUGCCCAAGCCCUCUAAAAUUGUAGCAAUUUGCUAGCAACUAUUCCAGCCUCACUCUCUCAAAAUAAUUUUAGCACUAGGCAACUUUAGUAAUAUUUUUUUUAAAGUAAAGCAUUUUAUAUGGUGAACUUUCCUAGACCUAUUUGUUUAUUUUCAAGUGAUUUUCAAAUCUGUUUUAUUAGAUGCUAGUCAUUCCAAAUCAAAAAAGAACCAAUUGCACAAGAUUAAUGAAUGCUGUUAUGUAAUAUAUUUGUAGUUAUUUAAAU